AUGCACUUUGGCCAUCAAAACCCUCCAUCACGCUCUCAAAACCCUCCACUGUCGCCACCGCUCUCUUUUGCAAAAUUUUUGUCGUCGCUUCUCAGGCAUCACCAGUUGUCGUCCGUCGACCACGAGGCCCGCACGACCUUCUCCACGCGUCAGCCGUCUGUUGACUGCGAGCCCUGCUCGACCCCCAUCACACGACCGUCGUUCUUCAGCCCGCACAACUGCGUCACCUACGCCGUCAACGCCUUCUUUGGGCCGGACAUCGGCUCCUUCUCCGAGUGGCUGACCUCAACCUUGUGUUUGGGUAGGCACUGCUCUACAGCUGGGUGUCACGAAUUCUGGUCCAAUAGGGCGUUCUUGAUUUGUUCUCUGGGGCAAACACAACCUAAAACUGCUAUCUCCAUAAACACCUGCAGCCCAAGGGAUCGGUUCGUCAUGCCGUCAAUGGCUUCCAGUAGCUCCACCCACACUGACAAAAUUAACCAGCCCAACGGGCUAGAUGCUGAUUUUGUUGUCAGGAGACAGCAGAUUGAACAGCACAGGAAAGCACUUCCGAUUGCUGAAGUCCAAAAGAGACUCUUGGAGGAGGUUAGUAAAAAUGACGUACUAAUUAUUGUUGGUGAAACUGGCAGUGGGAAGACAACUCAGUUACCACAGUACCUAUGUGAUGGUGGGUUUUGCCGCAAUGGUGGAAUCAUUGGGGUGACUCAACCAAGACGUGUGGCUGCUGUAACCGUUGCAAAAAGGGUUGCUGAGGAAUGUGGAGUCACAUUAGGACAAAAAGUCGGUUAUGCCAUAAGAUUUGAGGAUGUAACUUCCGGCUCUACAAGGAUCAAAUACAUGACGGAUGGCUUGUUAUUGAGGGAAGCAUUAUUGGAUCCUUACCUUUCCAAAUAUUCAGUUAUUAUUCUGGACGAGGCUCAUGAGAGAACUGUUCAGACUGAUGUAUUACUUGGCCUGUUGAAGACCGUACAAAGGACAAGGUCUUCAGGUGCCAGUGACAUGGCACAUAAUGAUCACAUAAAAGGUGAGAAUGGUGUACCAUUGGAGAAGGAGUAUAUUCAAAGUACAAUUUGUCUGAAGCACAACCGAGGGAAAAAGUUGUACCCAUUAAAGUUAAUUAUCAUGUCAGCCAGUCUGGAUGCACAGAUUUUUUCCAAGUAUUUCGGUGGUGCAAGGGCUGUUCAUGUUCAGGGACGACAGUAUUCUGUUGAUGUACUGUACACUCGUCAACCAGAGACCGAUUACUUAGAUGCAGCCUUGAUUACUAUAUUUCAGAUACAUCUGGAGGAAGGGCCAGGUGAUAUACUUGUGUUCUUGACUGGUCAAGAAGAAAUAGAAUCUAUAGAGAGGCUCGUCCAAGAGCGCCUUCCAAAGUUAACUGAAAGUAAACGCAAUCUGUCAGUUGUAUCGAUUUUCGCAUCUCUUCCAUCAGAGAAGCAAAUGAAAGUUUUCUUGCCUGCCCCUGCUGGGUUUCGUAAGGUAAUAUUAGCAACAAAUAUUGCUGAAACAUCGGUGACCAUACCUGGAAUCAAGUAUGUAAUUGACCCAGGAAUGGUCAAAGUGCGCACAUAUGAUCCUUCUACAGGGAUUGAGCCGUUGAUCAUUGUUAAAACAUCAAAAGCACAAGCACUUCAGCGGAGUGGGCGUGCUGGACGUGAGGGACCUGGGAAAUGCUACCGUCUUUAUCCUGAGAAUGAAUUUUAUAAGCUCAAGGAUUCCACAACACCUGAAAUAAAGAGAUGUAAUCUUUCGAAGGUUAUCCUACAACUUAAAGCUUUAGGCAUUGAUGAUAUUGUUGGGUUUGACUUCAUUGAAGAACCAGACAGGAUGUCCAUUAUGAAGUCAAUGGAGGAGUUGUUUUUGUUAGGUGCUCUUACGGAUGAUAGUAAAUUAUCCGAUCCAGUUGGUAAUCAAAUGGUCAGGCUUCCAUUAGACCCUAUUUAUUCGAAGGCUCUCGUUGUUGCCAACCAAUUUAUUUGCUUGGAGGAAAUGUUAAUAGUUGUGGCAAUGCUGUCGGUUGAGUCUAUCUUUUAUGCUCCUCGUGAAAAAUUGGAAGAGGCACGCACUGCUUUGAGAAGAUUCUCGAGUCCUGAUGGGGAUCAUUUGACAUUAUUACACACAUAUCGUGCUUCUGACGAAUUCUUGGAGAAGAGCAAGCAAGUAAGCAGCAAUGAAAAAGCCGAAAAGAAACUCAGAAAAUGGUGCAAGGAGAAUUUUAUCAAUAGCCGCUCCCUUAAACAUGCUCGUGAUAUCCACAGUCAAAUACGGAGAACUGUUGAACAAAUGGGUCUCAGUGUCACCUCGUGUGGGGAUGAUGUGCUUCCACUCAGAAGAUGCUUUGCUGCUUCAUUUUUUCUAAAUGCAGCUUUGAAGCAGCCAGAUGGUACUUACAG